AUGGCUUCGACUCAGUUGAGAUGCCUCACGGAGGCCUUGGACAACCUUGGUGUCCAUGCUCAGUACAUAAAGACACUUCGAGAGUUCUACAGUAACUUCACGACAAGAAUUUCGCCAUUCUACGAGAAUAUCAUCGUUGACGUGAAGAGAAGGGUACGACAGGGUGAUACAGCCUCACCUAACAUAUUCACAGCCACUCCCGAGAACGCAAUGCAAAAGCUAGAAUGA